CCUCUUGAACUGCAUGGUGACCGACGCCACCUCAAAGUAGUUCCUCAUUACGAAACUUUUUAACACCACGCAAAUCAGAAGCCACGAAAACAACAAACAGAUCUCUGCUACACUACCGUCCUAAGCAUAAUUGUCCCAUGUUAAAUAGGAAUCCCAUAUAACAUGGAACAAUUGUGCAUAGAACGGCGGUACACACAUAUAGUAAACUUCCAAUUUCGAAUGUGACAUCUACUACAUAUUUGAAUUUUGAUUUUGAUUUACAUCUAACAUGUGGAAAGAUCACAGCCAGCUACACGCGCCUAUGGACGCUUGAAUUUUCUUGUCACGUGAAAAUUUCACGUUUUAAUGUUUGAAUCGGCCGAUGAAGAAUUUUCGCGUACGGGUGCUGCGUAUUAGUGGAGCUUUGUUUUAGACGGGCUGCAAAACGGUGAGUCGAUAAGGAGAGCGUCCAAUAUAGCUCUGGUCCUCACAAGUUCCUACCUCAUGCUUCCACGGGUCAAGCGAUGACAAAGACCGCCAGCUAAGAGUUGUGUGCUUAGCUGGUAGUGCAGCCUGGGCACUGUUGUCCUUCUGACUUCAGCUAGAUUGAGGAGGUACGAUCCGAGUGUCUGUUCACCAAGGAGGUGCGGCUCAAACAGCGUCUGUUCUGGCAUCCAGCGGCUGAGUAAGAAACGCUGCACCACGCCCAGCUAGAUCCAAGGUGGUAGCCCCAUCAGCGUGGUCGUCCCAGUGUUGGUUGGGACGUUAAACAGAACUGGCACGAUGGCCCUCCGGCGAGACAGGAGUGUUGGCGUAGGCCCAAUAAGCCACCCGUAAAAAUCCCCAUUGCGAAUAACAUAGGAGAAAAUACGACUCGAUGCAAUCGGCAAAGACCCACGCGACGAAAUAAGGACUACGAUUGGAAACUUGGAACAUGGAAUUGCAAGUCACUAGGUUUCGCAGGCUGUGACAGGAUAAUCUACGACGAACUACAUCCCCGCAACUUCGACAUCGUGGCGUUGCAGGAACUUUGUUGGACUGGACAGAAAGUGUGGAAAAGCGGGCAUCGAGCGGCUACCUUCUACUAAAGCUGUGGCACCACCAAUGAACUGGGAACAGGAUUUAUAGUGUUGGGCAAGAUGCGACAACGUGUGAUCGGAUGGCAGCCGAUCAACGCAAGGAUGUGCAUGUUGAGUGUUAAGGGCCGUUUCUUCAACUACAGCAUCAUCAACGUCCAUUGCCCACACGAAGGGAGACCCGAUGACGAGAAAGAAGCGUUCUACGCGCAGUUAGAGCAAACAUACGAUGGUUGCUCGCCGCGUGACGUGAAAAUCGUUGUCGGCGACAUGAACGCGCAGGUAGGAAGGGAGGAAAUGUACAGACCGGUAAUCGGGCGAAACAGCUUGCACGCCGUAUCGAAUGAUAACGGCCAGCGAUGCGUAAACUUUGCAGCCUCCCGUGGUAUGGUAGUCCGAAGCACCUUUUUCCCCCGCAAAGAUAUCCACAAAGCCACAUGGAGAUCACCCGACCAUCAAACAGAAAACCAAAUCGACCACGUUCUAAUCGACGGUAAAUUCUUCUCAGAUAUAACCAACGUCCGCACAUACCGCAGUGCGAAUAUAGAUUCGGAUCACUACUUAGUCGCUGUAUGCAUGCGCUCAAAACUUUUGACAGUUAUCACCACGCGUCGAAGUCGAACGCCGCGGCUUAACAUCGAGCAACUUCGUAACGUAGAAGUGGCUCAAGACUACGCGCAGCAGUUAGCAGUGGCCCUACCAACGGAAGAGCAGCUUGACGCAGCUACACUUGAAGAUGGCUGGAGGAACAUCCGAUCUGCCAUAGGUAGUACCUCGGCUACAGCACUAGGCUUCGCGACUCCGAAUCACAGAAACGACUGGUACGACGGCGAAUGUGAACAGUUGAAAAACGAGAAGAAUGCAGCAUGGGCGAGAAUGCUGCAACACCGUACGAGAGCGAAUGAGGCACGUUACAAACAGGCGCGGAACAGGCAGAACUCAGUCUUCCGGAUGAAGAAGCGCCAGCAGGAAGAACGAGAUCGCGAAGCGAUGGAAGAGCUGUACCGCGCUAAGGACACACGAAAGUUCUACGAGAAGCUGAACCGAUCGCGCAGAGGCUUUGUGCCACAAGCCGAUAUGUGCCGAGAUAAUCACGGGAAUAUUCUCACGAGCGAGCGUGAGGUGGUCGAGAGGUGGCGACAGCAUUACGAUGAGCACCUCAAUGGCAACGUUGCAAGUACCGAAGGUGGCGUGGUAACAGAUCUAGGAGUAUGUGCACAGGACGAAAGACUUCCGGCCCCUGACCAGUCAUCCGACCGGUACAAGAAGACGUGGAGCGCAGCGAGCUAGGUGGGUCGACCAAGUGGAGGACGAUCUGCGGACCCUACGCAGAGUGCGGAACUGGAGACAAACAGCCAUGGACCGAGUGGAAUGGAGGCGGCUACUAUGUACAGCAGAGGCCACCCCGGCCUUAGCCUGACCGGUAAGGUAAGUUGUUUUAGACUUCGUUAUCAGUGAAAAGUAGUGCUUGCUGUUUGUAGUGCAAUUAAUUGUUCACCGGAUUGUAUCGUCGAAGAUUCCGAUAUCAUCGUCAGUGCCAUUCCAGACCCAUCAUAAAAAAUCGGCACCAGGGGGAUUUCCUGAGCGAUGCUGUUUCGUGUGCUUCAGUAGGAAUUCAUGAUAUUGUUAUAUGUCCAGACAUCUUUUGACUAUUCAUUAUUUUCACCAUCCUAUCAUCUAUUGGAAGCCGUUUCAGUUCUGGACGCUUUCGAAGUUGAACAUACAAUUUAUAAAAGUGCUUGCAAGUCUGUCCAAUUUACAGAUCCUUUGAAAAAGGGACAAUAUUUGUGACUGAAACGUCAGGUGUUGAACCAAUAUCCGUUUGUGAUUGCAUAAAGACUGGAAGCCGAAAAUCCCCACCAACAUAGUAGUCGUUUCAAUCAUUUUCCUGGAUUGUUUCAUCAAUUGUUUCAUCAAAAUGUGAAGAUUAAACUAGACUAGCAAGCAUUUGGCCAGGUGUGUGGAGAAGAGUGGGUCUUUGUUAUUAAAAAAAUAGUAGCGAAAUCUGCAAUGGCAAUGGAUAUACACAUCUUUGCAACUCCAUCCAUGAUUUGUGCAAGUAUUCGUGCUAUGCUAUGCUAUUUAUAUCAAACAUGUGGUAAACACUGUGGACGACUGAAUAGAUAAAUACCUACUAAAGUUAGUAUAGAUACUGCCUAGGUUAAUACGAUCCGUCUUGCAUAUACAAUCACUCUAUGACUCGAAGGAGCGAGGACUGAUGAGAAGAAACCAUUUCGUCCUCAUUCAUGCUCGGGACGUGACGCUCCAUCCACAGACAUAAUACAAUUACACGUUUAUUCGACAGCUUUUUAUUGCACAGUGCCACUUAGUCACUCAUCCACUUCAGUUCACGCCACAAAAUCACUAACUGUCGUGCUGAUGUAGUAGAGCCGGACAAAUCCAAACAUAAUAUGUACAACAAUAUAUAAUUCGAGUCCAUCCUAAGCAGCUGCUUUUUAUGGCUCUGUAGUGUAGAUAUAUGUGCAUACGCU